AUGAAUAUGUCAGUAGCGUUUAAUUUAUCAUGCGAUAUUCCCGCGAUUUUUUCUCUGAAAUGUUCGUCAACUUUACAAAAGUCAUACCAUGUAUACUCCAUUGUCACAAUCACAUAUACAUUACAUUCAACUUGUGGGGGUUCUGCUGUGCUUGUUCCUGGUGGUGCUGUUGUUGGUGAUGGCGCUGUGCUUGUUCCUGGUGGUACUACGGGUGUUUGUGAUGGCGCUGUGCUUGUUCCUGGUGGUACUACGGGUGUUUGUGAUGGUGCUGUGCUUGUUCCUUGUGGUACUACGGGUGUUGGUGAUGGUGAUGAUGCUGUGCUUGUUCCUAGUGGUACUGCAGGUGAUUGUGCUGUGCUUGUUCCUAGUGGUACUGCGGAUAAUGGUGCUGUGCGUGUUCCUAGUUGUACUGUGGGUGUUGGUGCUGUGCUUGUUCCUAGUUGUACAGCGGAUGAUGGUGUUGUGCUUGUUCCUAGUGGUACUGCGGGUGAUGGUGCUGUGCUUGUUCCUGGUGAUACUGCGGGUGAUUGUGCUGUGCUUGUUCCUGGUGAUACUGCGGGUGUUGGUGUUGUACUUGUUCCUAGUUGUACUGCGGGUGAUGGUGCUGUCCUUGUUCCUAGUGGUACUGCGGGUGAUGGUGCUGUGCUUGUUCCUGGUGGUACUGCGGGUGAUGGUGAUGUGCUUGUUCCUGGUGGUAGUGCGGGUGAUGGUGCUGUGCUUGUUCCUGGUGGUACUGCAGGUGAUGGUGCUGUGCUUGUUCCUGGUGGUACUGCAGAUGAUGGUGCUGUGCUUGUUCCUGGUGGUACUGCGGGUGAUGGUGAUGGUGCUGUGCUUGUUCCUAGUGGUACUGCGGGUGAUGGUGAUGUGUUUGUUCUUGGUGGUAAUGUGGGUGAUGGUGCUGUGCUUGUUCCUUGUGGUACUACGGGUGUUGGUGAUGGUGAUGAUGCUGUGCUUGUUCCUAGUGGUACUGCAGGUGAUGGUGCUGUGCUUGUUUCUAGUGGUACUGCGGAUAAUGGUGCUGUGCGUGUUCCUAGUUGUACUGUGGGUGUUGGUGCUGUGCUUGUUCCUAGUUGUACAGCGGAUGAUGGUGCUGUGCUUGUUCCUAGUGGUACUGCGGGUGAUGGUGAUGUGUUUGUUCUUGGUGGUAAUGUGGGUGAUGGUGCUGUGCUUGUUCCUGGUGGUACUGCGGGUGAUGGUGAUGUGCUUGUUCCUAGUGGUACUGCGGGUGAUGGUGCUGUGCUUGUUCCUGGUGGUACUGCGGGUGAUGGUGCUGUGCUUGUUCCUAGUGGUACUGCAGGUGAUGGUGCUGUGCUUGUUCCUAGUGGUACUGCGGGUGUUGGUGCUGUGGUUAUUGAAAUCACAUUCGUCUGUGUUAUUGUGCUUUGACC